AUGGAACCAAGGAACCAAACUAGUGCGUCUGAAUUCAUCCUCCUGGGACUAGCAGAAAAGUCAGAGCAGGAGACUGUACUUUUUGCUCUGUUCCUCUGCAUGUACGUGGUCACAGCCGUGGGAAACCUGCUCAUCAUCCUAGCCAUCAGCUCGGACUCCCAUCUUCACACUCCCAUGUACUUCUUCCUAGCCAACCUCUCCUUGGUUGAUUUCUGCUUGGCCACCAACACUGUGCCCAAGAUGCUGGUGAGCAUCCAAAGCAGGAACAAAUCUAUCUCCUAUUCUUGCUGCCUGACGCAGAUGUACUUUUUCCAUUUCUUUGGCAUCAUGGACAGUGUUUUAAUUGCUGUGAUGGCUUAUGACCGGUUCGUGGCCAUAUGUCACCCCUUGCACUAUACUACCAUCAUGAGUCCACGUGUCUGUGGAUUGUUGGCUGGUGUCCCAUGGACGUUUUCCUGCUUCAUCUCCCUCACCCACAUUCUCCUGAUGUCCCACCUGGUUUUCUGUGGCAGCAAUGAGAUUCCUCACUACUUCUGUGACCUCACUCCCCUUCUCCGGCUCUCUUGCACUGACACCACUGUGAACAAGAUCUUUGUCCUCAUUGUGGCAGGGAUGGUGAUCGCCACGCCCUUCAUCUGCAUCCUGGCCUCCUACGCUCGGAUCAUUGUGGCCAUCAUGAAGGUCCCCUCUGCAAAUGGCAGGAAGAAAGCCUUUUCCACCUGCAGCUCCCACCUGUCUGUGGUAGCCCUCUUCUACGGGACCACCAUUGGAGUCUAUCUGUGCCCUUCAUCUGUCCGUACAGCUGUGAAGGAGAAGGCUUCUGCUGUAAUGUACACUGCAGUCACCCCCAUGCUGAACCCCUUUAUCUAUAGCCUGAGGAACAGAGACCUAAAGGGGGCCUUGAGAAAGAUAGUCAACAGAAAAGUCACCUCAUCUUCCUGA